GAAAGGUUUAGGGUUGCUCGUCUUUUGUUUCUACAGAGAGUUUAGUCAUUGUUUGCUGUUGUUUUAGCGCGAAAGUUUUGAUUACAGCCAAGUAACUGUGUUUAUGAGUUUCGUAUUGUGUGAGAGAGUUUCUUAUUCCACUUGAAAGCAGUGGGAAGAAAUAAGAAGUUCGAUGUUAAACAAUAUAAAUUUUAUGGAAAUAGAAUUACCGAACGGAUUAAUUUUGAUAAUACUGAUAUAUAUUGUGAUACAACGCUUGAAUCAGCUUCUACUCAAAGUGCUUCAAAGCUAAAACUGGAAUAUUUGGACAAUGGGCUUGGCAGUAUCAAUGAUGAUACUAAGGAGACGCCAACUAUUGAUUCAGGUUGUGUUAUUGUUGUACAAUUCUCUAUCUGAACUUAUAAAUAAAGCUUUGCAAUGGAAGGAAUGUGGCAAUACUGGCGUGAAGGUAGUUGAAAGAUAUAUGUGCUAGAAGAGGUUGUGCAUUAAAAUUUAGAAUUGUUUGUAAUUUUUGUGAUUCAAGCGAAUGUGGUUAUACUUGUGGCGUAACUAAACAGUGGGUGUAUAAACAAAUAAUAAACUUGCUUGUGCUAUGAGGUGUAUAGGCAAAGGAUACAGAACUGCACAUUUUUGGCGCUUUUAUGGACUUACCUCCUCAUACUAGGUUUGACAGGUACAUUAAAAUUAUUCUACAGACUUUAGAAGAAGUAGGAAAUGAUAGUAUGAAAUACGCUGUUCAGGAAAGUGUAGACAUAAAUGACAGCAAUACAUGAUUGUCUGCAGCCAUGGGUGCAUUCUGGCAAUGAAGUGGCCAUAAUUCCCUAAAUGGUGAAGUGACAGCUAUCUCCUUGGGCAAUGGUAAAGUCAUUGAUGCGGACUGUAUUACCAAAUACUGUCAUGGCUAUACUAAUGGAACUGAAAAUCAUAAAUGUUGGAUUAAUUUCAGUGGUUAUAGUGGAGAGAUGGAAUGUGAAGAUAUUUCACAGGUCAGUGGAGAAAUAUAGUGUGAUGUAUAUAUCUUAACUAGGAGAUCUAGACUCAAAAGAGUACCAAAAAGUUUGUGAAUCCAAACCUUAUACUGACAAAAAUUGAAUAAAUGGAGUGUCCAUAAAAGCUUAGGUACAAGACUGAGGAACUUGAAGAGGAAUUUGAAGGGAAAGAAAUUAGCUGAUGUUAAGUGCAUUAGUGGAUGUGGUUGGCUUACAGACAAAGAAAUAGACAGGUUGCAGUAUUAUUAUGGACAAACCAUAAGACAAAAUAAAAAUUAUCUUGAGGGAAUAAAUCCUCCACAGAUGUCAACCUAUGUCCAGCACUGUGCCCACCUGGCAGUGACUCAUGGUGUGGCUACCAGAGGGCUGUUACUCAAGGAUGGUUCUACUCAAGCAUUCAUUUUUCUCUGGAGGGAAAGUUUUAACUUUGAGAGCUACAAUGGCUUCACGAAAUCGACCAAUAUCUGACAUGGCAGCCUUUAAGGAUGUGCUCAGAAAAUCGAAAAACUGUGUUGUGUUAUCUGGAGCAGGUGUAUCUGCAGAAUCAGGUAUACCAACCUUCAGGGGAUCUGGAGGAUUCUGGAGGAAGUAUCAAGCACAAAACUUAGCCACACCUGAAGCUUUCCAGAGAGAUCCGUCUCUUGUGUGGGAGUUUUAUCAUUAUAGAAGAGAACUUGUGAUGACAAGAAAACCAAACAAGGCUCAUUUUGCCAUAGCAGAUUGCCAAAAGAGAUUCAGAGAUCAAGGGAAAUCAUUUACAAUAAUUACACAAAAUAUUGAUGGGUUGCAUCAACAAGCUGGUGCUGAAGAUGUUAUAGAACUGCACGGUUCACUUUUCAAAACAAGGUGCACCAAAUGCCAUGAAGUGUUAGAGAACAGAGUCAGCCCAAUAUGUCCAUCGCUGGCUGGAAAAGGGGCUCCUGACCCAGGUGCAGUCUCAGCAGACAUUCCUGUCUCUGAAUUGCCACACUGCAAAUCAAAUGGCUGUGGAGGACUUCUGCGACCUCAUGUUGUCUGGUUUGGGGAGGGGUUGGAUCCUGAAGUCUUGGUACAAGCUGGCUUACAUUUGGAUUCUUGUGACCUGUGCUUAGUAGUGGGUACAUCUUCUGUUGUGUAUCCGGCAGCAAUGUUUGCUCCUCAGGUAGCAGCCAGAGGUGUACCUGUGGCAGAAUUCAACCUAGAGGAAACUCCUGCCACAAAUGAAUUUCAAUUUCAUUUUGAAGGUCCAUGUGGAUCAACUGUUCCAGAAGCACUGUCAGUGUAGUAUUACUGAAACAUUUAUGUUCUAUUUCUGGACUUAAAUCAAAUGUAAUAGUAUUCUGAUGAGAAUGACAAACUGUUGAAAAAAAAUGUAUAUAUUCGAAAUGUUGUGUUACCUGAGUGAUAUUUUUUUAAAAAAAAAAUCAGUUGCUUUGAUUCA